CUGUUGGAGGGGUUUCCCGGAGAAGUUUCAGGCACCACUAUUUCUGCUCAAACAGAAUUUCUACCUGGUAACACAGUCAUCCAAAUUUUCAACGCUCCCUGCAAGUCUUAUUCCUGGUCUCCAUUGAAAAAAAUCAAGGUCAAAAAAAAAAAGAAAAAGAAAAAAGAAAAAAAUCAAGGUCAUCAGAUGCUAAAGCACUGAAAUCCCUGCCUUCAGGACUUCAUGUCCCUCCUAUCCCGGGACAUGAACUCCUCUUCGGAAAACAGCGCUCACGGUGAGGGCGGUACCGCCAGGCCGUUUUUCUACGUGCACGCGGUGGGCCCUCCGCCGUACCCGAGCCCCUGGUACCAGAAUCUCCCCGGUAAUCCGUGCUGUGUUCCGGGGGCAGGUUUCAGAAACGGAAGUCUGUAUUUUCCAUAUUCGGUGGUACUCAGUGAGUAUCCUGGCUUCCUCAUCCCUCAGUCCCCGUUGCCCACUGCAUUUUACCGAAGACCUAUGUUUUGUAACACAGCACAGUUCCGGCAGUGUAGUGGCUAUGGACAGAAAACAAAUACGAAAGAGACUCAGACUGAACCUCAUCAGGCUGAAAAUAUGACUCAGAAACAAGACACCCACUCAGAAGGUGAUAGGGUGACCAGUAUCCUGACUUCUAAUAUUGACACAAAAGCCGGCAAACCUGAAGCAACAGGUAGGGUUUUGUCUUCUGUUGUCCAGAAGGAGCCACAUCCUGAGAGCCCUUCUCCUAACAUCGUGUACAGGAUAUCACCUCAAGGACACUAUGUACCUGAGAAGGCAAAAACGAGGCCAGAACAGAGCAAAGGAUGCCCUGUAACACAGUUCUGGAAGACUUUGAAGGAAACUAUCCGUUUAUAUAACCUAACUUAUGGUAAGACCAUGCCAGAGAACCUGGUGCAGCAUAGUGGGAUUUCACAGAGUCCUUGUGAAAGUAGAAGUGUGCUCUAUAACCGUCAUGAGGGUGCAGACAGCAUCACAGGUAAAGAUGAUGAAAGCACUAUCUGGUCGAAACAGUGUCAUGAUGUAAAACAUGAUGAGGUGGUAAAGUCAGGCUCCAUCAGGGACAUGAACUUGGGAAAAGAAAAAGGCUGUGCAGCUGUUUCCCAAUUCCUGUCCUCUCCAGGUGAAGCAAAAGACAGAGAUGAAAUCCAGGAUACACUAAACUCCAGUCUGUGCCAGUCUUCUAGAGAUGGCAAUCAGCUCCAGCAGGAAAGGCCGUUCUGCUCCAGCAAUAAGGCCAUUGAGGACCUGAGCCUACAGUCCAAAUCCCAGAGUCCCAUUAGCUUUGGGGAGAACAUGCCAGACAAUGGCAGUGGGGGCCAUGGCCUCCUUGUGAAAGUGGAUGAAGGUGAAGUGGUAGAGAUGCACAGCUGCCCUCAGAGUUAUGUCCCUCCCCCUACCUCUCUGGCCCAGUUCAGCCAAGUCAGUGAAGGCAUUCAAUGUGAUAUGAGCCAGUGGCAGGAUGCAGAACACGAACAAUCUCCUGAGUCAUCACCAGAAAGCAGAAAGACCUCAGAGGAAGGGGCAGUCAGGUGUGGGGAAUUGGAUGAGGUGGUGGUGAGGGACGGCUUCCCCAAGUAUGUUCCUAACCCCGCCUGGUUGGCCCAGAUGAACAAGGGAGUAGAUGCGGGGAUUCAGUGUGAUGGCAGCUGGUGGCAGGAUGCAGAGCUGGAGAAAUCCCCUGACCAAAUGCCUUCCAAAGAUGAGGAGUCCUCACCAGCCUGCAAAACUGAGGGCUCACAGGGAAAGACCAUCAGGACUGGGGAACUGAACACAGAUGAAGAAAUGACCAGGAAGGAUGAGACUGAGGAGGAGGAGCAUGAGAACUUCAAGAAGUGUGCAGAUAUUCAAAAGUCUGUGACUGGCAGGAAGCAGACCUCCCUGAGCAACUUCUCAAGUGGGAACACAGGCUAUUUAGUGAGGGAAAAUGCUGCCUCGAACACUGUACUUCUUGAGGAUUCAGAAGACUGUGACUUCGAAGAGGAAGUUGAAGGUGAAAUGGAGGAGCUAGACUGCCUCUUUGCAGAAGUUAGUCCACUGGGCCCUGUGGCCUCUUCAAAAGGACAGAUUUAUCACAAGGCCGGCAGGAUCAUCCGGAUGCCACCUGAGUGCUGUCUCCCUUCCCAACUUCUUAUGUGGCCCACCAGAAAUAAGAACAGGUUAAAGCAUGGAGAAUAUGAGAGCAUCCCUGUAGUGUGCAAAGUGACAGGACAGGAUGGCCGGUUCCGAGGGGAAUGUACGACGGCCAUGCAGGAGGGGUUGGAGUCCAAGAGAGCCUCUCAUAAGUCCUGGGAACGUAACUGUCAGAGGUGGAAAACCAAGGUACCUUACAAAGUUUCAAACAGAUUCGAGGCAGAUGCUGUAAAGUUUAGGAAAUAGCAGGUACAGAGGAAACAGAUUACUGCGUUCCAGUUAUAUAGAAGAACUAAAUAAGUGAUGCAUCAUCAUGAUGGUUUAGAUUUGAAUUAAGAAAGCGAUCAUACCAACAAAAAGAAAACGUGACAUUAUAAAGCCUUUGGAAUUAAAUAAAACAGCAAAUAAAUUGAAUUGCAUAUGUG